AUGUGGUGGCUAUUUAGCAUAUUUUUCAGCUCCAUCUUCCUCUUCACCAUCGUUCUGUCAAUACCCGUCGCCUUCGAUGUCGGUGGCCGUGAUAGUGGGCUGGCGUAUAGCCUGUCUCUCUUCAUCUAUUACCUCGUCUACUCCGCAAUCCGCAUUGUGACCCCGAGCAAGUCACGCCUCGGCUCGACCAUCUCCAACCUCCUCCGACUGUCGCAGUGGGUUGUCAUCCCAUCGCUUCUCAUUUGGGCCUUGAGUCAGUUUGCCGUCGAUGCGGGAAGCACAAACUGGGUCGAGAGGACGUUGGGCGGCAUCUUCCAAUCCAAGAGCGCAAGUUGGACUGAGUGGAUGUUUGGCAAAAAUGGCGUGCUGGAGACGGUCAUGCUGGGUAGCUGGGACAAUGUCCUUCGAUAUUCCGGUCCCGUGUUCCAGCUCCUCGAGGGCUUUUGCACGCUUCUCGUGAUUCAGGCAGCCGGUCAAAUUACUCGUUGGCUUGUGAACAGAGGCAGAAGUGACACCUGGGUGAUCAUUCUGUUGGCCUUUUCCGGCACCAUCAUCGCAAGUGCCGUAUACUUUCUUUGGCGGGUUGCACAGUUUCCGCGAAUUAGCAACCUGGAUGCAACACUUAUCGGCGUAACCAUGACUACAGCAGUGUUCCUUUGUGCCUACGGCAUCGGAAGCGGCCGAGGUAAUCCUAUUGAGAGCUCUCUACUGUUUGCUUACGUGGUACUGUGUGUCUACCAAAUUUUUACCGACUACCUACCGUCUGAAGAAGUCGAGGACCAGGCUUCGUCACAACCCGAGAUUCCACCACUGCCGCCGGUUAUUAUGGCAUCCUAUUCAACCCUUCUACACAUUCUAGGCUCGCUUCCGUCGGCUAUCCACUCCUCUCUGGCCCUUUUGUACGCCGCUUUCCAGACUAUUACGCCGUCAGUCAUCAUUUCCCUGACAUAUCGACUCUUUGUCUUUUAUUCAGCGACGAGAAUCAUUCCCUCGGUGCGGGAUCUCGGUGCACGUGCACUUAUGCAGGAUCCGGAUUUUGAGGAUGCAGAAACAGCCAACAAGGUUCUUGGGUUCCUGAGCUGGUUCUCGCCGUCCAUACUGGUGUCGGUGUAUACGAGCUUGCUGCUGCAACACUUUUCAACCAGUGACGGCCCCGAUGGCUGGACCCUCAGGGGUGGUGAUGUUGGUGGCAGCACGUGGAGAUGGAUCAAUGUCGGCUUGACUAUGGUCCUUUACGGCGUGGAGCUGUACCUUGGUACGGAAGAGUCUGAUCACUGGAAAGUCGACUAA